AGGAGCCGCAACGGGAACCGUAGGGGUCGGGGCCGCCGUUCCCGAUCCCCUUCCCGUUCCUCUUCCCGUUCCCGAUCCCCUUCCCGAUCCCCUUCUCGUUCCCCUUCCCGUUCCCGAUCCCCUUCCCGUUCCACUUCCCGAUCCCCUUCCCGUUCUCCUUCCCGUUCCCGAUCCCUAUCCCGAUCCCGUUCCCGAUCCCGUUCCCGAUCCCGUUCCCGAUCCCGUUCCUGAUCCCCUUCCCGAUCCCCUUCCCGUUCCCCUUCCCGUUCCCCUUCCCGUUCCCCUUCCCGAUCCCGUUCCCCUUCCCGGUCCCGUUCCCGAUCCCGUUCCCGAUCCCCUCCCCGUUCCCUAUCCCGAUCCCGUUCCCCUUCCCGUUCCCGUUCCCGAUCCCGUUCCCUAUCCCGAUCCCGUUUCUCUACCCGUUCCCGCUCCCGAUCCCGUUCCCUAUCCCGAUCCCGUUCCCGAUCCCGUUCCCUAUCCCGAUCCCGUUUCUCUACCCGUUCCCGCUCCCGAUCCCGUUCCCUAUCCCCUUCCCGUUCCCGAUCCCGUUCCCGUUCCCGAUCCCGUUCCCUAUCCCCUUCCCGUUCCCGAUCCCGUUCCCGCUCCCGAUCCCGUUCCCUAUCCCCUUCCCGUUCCCGAUCCCGUUCCCUAUCCCGAUCCCGUUCCCUAUCCCGUUCCCGUUCCCGAUCCCGUUCCCCUUCCCUAUCCCGGUGA